GGGGUCUAGCGUCGGAGGAAAACCUGUGCUACAGGCAAAGGCAGCCCUUCUGAAACAAAAUCAGAAGACCAUUGGCAAAGGCAAUUAAUCAGGCCAUAAGUAGCCAUUUACCCCCUUUUUUUCCAGGGCUGGCUGUGGGCUGGGAGCUCUCCAAAGGCGAGCUGGGCAACUUGUAGAGUGAGGAAUAUGCUCUCCGCCACCGGCGCCCUGGCCUCUUUUGUGUCGGCUCCCAGCCGAGCUUCCGAGGCUUUGUACCAUGGAUUUGGGAGUGACAAUGGGUAUUUCCCUCAGAUUCAAGGCUGCUCAGCCUUACCUCUGGAGAAAAAAAAUUUUUUUUUCAAAAGGGAGUGGCCCAAGGACCUGGCCAUUCGGCCGGAUUUUUUAGACAUCUCCAGAAUCCGCUUGGAGACCUCUAAGUGUGAAUCUCGAGAAGCUGCCCUGGCCGGGGAGCCGCGGUUUCCGGCGGCCUGAUGGAGACAGCGCUGGGGUGGCGGGCGGGAACUGUCCUGCACUAGCAAUUGGGUUAUGCCCUGUGGCGUGUUCUCUUCCAGGGCCCUUCCAGCAGCCCCAGAGAAGACGAGGCGCCCUGGCUGUCACUGUCCGUGCUCUACCGACUCGCCCGCCCACCAGCUUUUCCGAGGGCAGAGAAGCCCCUCUGCGGCCACUGCCACCUGGUCGGUCCGCAAGCUACGCUGCCCCUGCUCGCCCCUCGGGCCGCGGCGUGUGCCCAGCCUCACGUCGAGGGUGUGUGUGGCCGCGCGGGCGUGUGCGAAUGUGGUAGGGGGAGGGGGCCCUCCGAACUGCUCCAUCCGUCCGUUUUAUUAGGGACACAUUAAUCUAUAAUCAAAUACACCUCAUAAAAUUUUUAUUGAAAGGCAUAAUAUCAUUACAGAGGUCUUCCACCUGUUUUAAACAACACGACAAGCUGUGAGAGCGCGCGUGUGGGUACGUGUGGGGAGGGUGGGUUAGGGCUGGAAGGAAGGCAGGGGAGAGCAGCUCCCCUCUGGCGCCAGAGGCCGCCCCUGCAGGCCCGCCUGCCUCUGGCCACACUCGGCCUCGCUUGCCCCCCAGCUCCUCUUGCGCGGGUCCCGCGAGGUCCCCAGCUCAACUCCGGGAGCUGGGGAGUCAGAGCCUGGGUCUCGAUUGCAGGACCGAGGGCAGCAAGAGGAGGCGAACAAAUAGUCCCCAGCGCCUCCUCCGGCCGCGAUCCCGUGUGCGGUCUCGACCGCCACCAGGUGGGACCGGCCGGGCCAGGAUGAGCUGGCACAUGGACCUGGGCCCGCCGGCUCUAAUUGCGGCGCUUAUGUUGAUGAUAAUUUUUUUUUUUAAAUCACAGCAGCCCCCAGUUUAGCGGACUGAUUUACUCCUGGUAUUGGUAAAUAUGAUCACGUGGGCCGCGCGACCAAUGGUGGAGGCUGCAGCCUGCGAACUAGUCGGCGGCUCGGACGCUGGCGGGGAGCGGCUCGGCGGCGGGCAGUGCAACCUUGGGUGGGAGCGCGCGGCGCCUCAAAAUGUCUUCCAGUGGCACCCUCAGCAACUACUACGUGGACUCGCUCAUAGGCCAUGAGGGCGACGAGGCGUUCGCGGCGCGCUUCGGGCCGCCAGGGCCAGGCGCGCAGGGCCGGCCUGCAGGUGUGGCCGAAAGCCCGGCCGCCGCCGCCGCCGAGUUCACCUCGUGUAGUUUUGCCCCCAAGUCGGCCGUGUUCUCCGCCUCGUGGUCCGCGGUGCCCGCCCAGCCCCCGGCGGCGGCAGCGAUGAGCGGCCUCUACCACCCGUACGUGCCCCCGCCGCCCCUGGCCGCCUCCGCCUCUGCCUCUGAGCCUGGCCGCUACGUGCGCUCCUGGAUGGAGCCGCUGCCCAGCUUCCCGGGCGGCGCGGGCGGCGGCGGCGGCGGCGGCCCGGGCCCCGGUCCCAGCCCCGGCCCCAGCCCCGGCGGCCCAGCCAACGGGCGCCACUACGGGAUUAAGCCUGAAACCCGAGCGGUCUCAGCCACCGCUGCCUCCACCACCUCUUCCUCCACUUCCUUGUCCUCCUCCUCCAAACGGACUGAGUGCUCCGCGGCCCGUGAGUCCCAGGGGAGCAGCGGCUCCGAGUUCUCGUGCAACUCGUUCCUGCGGGACAAGGCGGCAGCGGCGGCUGGAGGAAGCGGGCCCGGGGUGGGGAUCGCGGCCGGGGCCGAAGCCGGCGCCGGGGCGGGAGGCUCGUCGGAACCUUCGGCUUGCAGCGACCACCCGAGCCCAGGUUGCCCGCUGAAGGAGGAGGAGAAGCAGCAUCCGCAGCCGCCGCAGCAGCAACUUGACCCAAACAACCCUGCAGCGAACUGGAUUCACGCUCGCUCCACCCGGAAAAAGCGUUGUCCCUACACGAAAUACCAGACGCUAGAGCUGGAGAAGGAAUUUCUCUUCAACAUGUACCUCACCCGGGACCGGCGCUACGAGGUGGCCAGGAUUCUGAACCUCACAGAGAGACAGGUCAAAAUCUGGUUCCAGAACCGUAGGAUGAAAAUGAAAAAGAUGAGCAAAGAGAAAUGUCCCAAGGGAGACUGACCCGGCAUGGUGCGGGCGGGAGCGCCCCAAAAGCAGCGGUUUUGUCUUUUCUUUGUGGGUGCUUGAUUUCCAGAAACUCUCCAGCGACUCAGACUUCUAUUAUUAUUAUUAUUUUAUUAUUAUUAUUAUUUUGUUUUUUAGGUAGAAGUGACUGUGUGGUUGGUCUCCGUGAGGUAUUCGGGGGACUCUGUAUUUGCUGGCUUAUGUAUGGGAGAAAUCAAGUGGCUUUGGGGUUUCACACCCUAUCCCACUCCCUCUCUUUCCUGCUCCCUUGGUUUCUUGGGAAAUGCUGUAUUUUGUGAGUGCACGCAGGCUUGAGGAGCCCUCUCCUGUAAAUGUUCCCCAUGUUUCUGAAAAGUGCUGUAGUUUAGUCCCCCAGCGCUGCCCAUACAAGAGCCAGGCGCAAGUCCACGAGUGAAGGCAGAGCGGCGACGACUCAGACAUCUCCACUGCUAGCUUGCUCCGAAGUCCUCCUGGAUGUCCCCACCCCCCCUCUUCCGAAAGCCCCUUUUCCUCAGGG